AUGGCCUCCUCCAUCAUUACUUUUCUUCAUUCAGCCAUGUAUGAUUUGGCUUCACUGCAGGAUAAGUGUCCUGAUGAUUUGAAGCAGUCUGAAUUUGUGAUACUGAGGCACAGGUUGAGGAAUCUUAAGACAUUUCUUCUGUGCACCCGAAAACUGGGCCGUGAUGUCCAUUUGCAAGGCGAUGAGACCAGUGAUAAUAAGGACCGAAGUCUCGCAUCCCUCCUGGUGAGGAUCAAAGAAGCAGUUUCCAGAAAUGCACAGAAAAUUCACACUUACCGUCUUAGUUUGGAAAUUGGAUUUUGUAUGGAUGUUAUAGAUGAGGUUGAUAAAUUUCAAGCGGACAUUGAGUCCUUUGAUGAAGUCAUAAAUGAGUGGUACAUCACAUUUUCGGACUAUUCAUGGCAAUCAACUUCGCCAGCUGAGGUUCUUGAUAUCAUUGAUUCUGUUCAGGAUAAUCUCGCGGAGUUUCUCAUUAUGCCUAUUCACAAUGAUUUUGUUGUGAAUCAAAUUGAAGACUUAGGCGAGAAGAUAAAAUUAUUGAGAAGUUUCAUUCCUUUUGCUGUACUGGCUGUACUGACAAGUGCUGAGCACCGACAACUGGGAGAUCUGCUGGCUCACAUUGAAGCUGUUGUUACCGAGACAGCACAUCUAACAGCACAACAUACUUUGACUAAAUCUUAUCUGUUUGAGAUGGUUUUUGGUGAAAAGUGGUGGAAAGGAAUGCCGGAGGAGAUUUCCUUGCUGCUGCAGAGGAUCAAACCUAUUGAUCGUCGAGUUUGUGAAAUUUAUAUCCAAGCCCUGGUCAGCUUAAAGUUGUCUAAACAAUUAGACAUUGGAAAUCUGGGCUUAAAUGAUAAUACUGGAAUCAUCAUGAUGGAUUUCAUUGAUUUUCUCCUGUUUGUUCUUUGGGAGUUGCUACAACUUGAUGUUGGUCUUGCAGUUUCUUGGAAGGAUCAGAUGCAAGAGCUUGCAGAGGGACUAAGAUACUUGAGAACAAGUCUCAAAAAUCAGCAAAACAAGUUCAAUGAGAGUAUCAGGGAGCCGACUAGAGUACUGAUAUGUGAUGCUGGAAUCAUAAUCUUUUCACUUUAUCAAAAUGAUGUCAAAGUAGAUCAUGAGUUAACUAAUUUGUUAGGGAAAAUUAAGCUUCUCAGAGAAGAAGUUGAUGAGAAAGUUCCAGAAACAUCAACUUUCAACCUCCCUAAAACUAAUCAGUUGGGAUUCAUCGAUUUUCUCUUGGAAAAUUUGAUGGAACUAAUAAAUGAUGAGGCUUAUUCAUUUUCCUGGAGUCAAGUUCAAGCCAUCCAUGGAGAGCUUGUUUGCUUAAGAUCUUUCUUGGGAGAGAUUGUAGAGUUCCACGAUGAACAAGAGCAACUUCGAGUUCUUUGGGAUCGUAUUAUGGAGAUCGCCUGUAGGGUGGAGUUAGCCAUUGAACAAUUGGUACUUGGACAUGCUGGAGAUUCUUUAUCAGCACCAUUUGAUUCCAUAAUAAAUGACAUCAGCAUUUUUAAAGCUGAUUUCUCAAAGAUUCUCCCCGGCAUUAAAAAGGACAUAAAGGUCCAGGAUGUUGUUUGGACAUCUAGUCAUGUCCAGCCACAAGGUCACUCCCUGAUAGCUGAUGAAGUUGUAGGUCUCGAGUUUGAGGUGGCACCCAUAAAAGGUCGGCUUACAAGAGGAUCAAAGCAAUUACGGGUUGUUUCCAUUGUUGGCAUGCCAGGAUUAGGUAAAACAACAAUUGCCACAAAACUCUAUAAUGAUUUUACAGUUAAGCACCAUUUUCAUGUCCAUGCAUGGUCAACUCUUUCUCAAGAAUUCAACAAAAAGAAAGUCUGUCUUGAACUUUUGAAUGGUAUUGUUCCCAAUAAACAUUUUGCCAUGGAUGAAGUAGAUUUGGCUGAAGAGCUCCGGCGUCGCUUGAAAGGACGGAGAUAUCUCAUUGUUUUGGAUGAUGUAUGGGACAUUCAAGCCUGGAACAGCUUGGCAGGAUCAUUGCCAAAUGAUUCUAAUGGAAGUAGAAUUAUCUUGACAAGCCGACUUCGUGAAGUUGCUCCUGCAGCUUUGCUCGAUGCAGAGCCUCAUUUUCUUCGCCAACUCACUAUUGAUGAGAGCUGGGAGCUACUACAGAAGAAGUUAUUCCAUGGAAUUAGUUGUCCUCCCGAAUUACAUGAGCUUGGAAUAAAAAUUGCUGAAAAAUGUAAAGGGUUACCUCUUACAGUUGUCACUAUAGCUGGUCUUCUGGCAAACACGAGGCUGGAGGUUUGGCAUGGAGUUCUGGAAAGCUUAAGUUCAGGCAUUGUUUCCACAACUGAGCAAUGCAUGAACACAUUAGAAUUGAGUUACAAACAUUUACCUGAUUACUUGAAACCUUGCUUUCUCUAUUUUGGAGCAUUUCCGGAAGACACAGUGAUCUCAGUCAGGAGCCUAAUCUUGUUGUGGAUUAGUGAAGGGUUCGUCCGAAAAUCUGAGUUCAAGAGCUUAGAAGAGGUUGCAACAGAUUACCUGAUGGAUUUGAUUGGCAGAAGCUUAGUUAUGGUUUUCUGGAAAAGAUCCAUUGGUGGUGUCAAAGCUUGUCGCGUUCAUGAUUUGCUACAUGAUUUUUGCUUGACAAAAGCGAAAGAAGAAAAUCUUUUCCUACUACUCCGAGGAUAUGAUGAGCUUUCAGCAUUUCACAAGCCAUGCCGAAGAUUAUGCAUUUACUCCACGCAAAAGCAUUUAAAGGAGUCAAAGCUAUUUAGUCCUCGAGUACAUUCCCUCCUCUUCUUUGAUCAAACAGAAUGGUAUGAACAAACUUCACUUGAUAUCUCCUUCAUUCUUCGCAGCUUCCAACUUCUUAGGGUGUUAAACAUCCGCCAAAUCAAUUUAGGCCCGGUGUUUCCAGAUGAAAUCGAACUUCUUGUUCAAUUGAGAUAUUUGUCAGUUCAUGGAGAGAUGGAUGCCAUCCCAUCGUUAUUAGGUAACCUCUCCAAAUUAGAAACCUUAAUUGUGUUUUCAUCAAGAAAGGUUUCAUUGCCAAAUACUCUCUGGAAGCUGCAAAGGUUGAGACAUCUUUACAUUAGGGUGGAUCCUUUUGGUUUCGGUUUCAGUUUGCCUACAGAAAAUCUUGACAACACCCCUCGUUUACAUGAGUUGGUGAGCUUUUCGGGUGCAAUCAUUUCAUCAUGGAAGCUCAUGGAAAGCCAGUUGAAAAAGUUUCCAAACAUGCGCAAACUGAAAUGCAAACUCUUUGAAUACGAUGAUGUUGAUCCUGAGAUUUGCGUCGAGAUUAUGGUUCCUGAAUCUCUGAGUCGACUAGAAUCGCUUAAUCUGUCGCUGUUUGAUGAAAACCGGAAACACAUUGACUUUGAGUUUCAUCUCCCCGCAAAUCUGAAGAAGCUGACUUUGUCUCUCUUUAGGUUGCCCUGGGCUAAAGCUUCAGUAAUUGGGAAACUGCCUAAUCUUGAGGUUCUAAAAUUGCUCACUGACGCCUUCUCAGGAGAGUCAUGGGACAUGGAAGAAGGGGAAUUCGCGAAUCUUAGAUUCCUGAAAUUGGAAUCCUUGGACAUUGUCAGGUGGACAGCUUGUUCUGAUGAUGAUCAGUUUCCCAAUCUUCAGAAGUUGGUCCUGAAUUAUUGUCCCAAGUUGGAAGAGAUCCCCUGUUGUUUAGAAAACAUUUCAACUCUUGAAGUGAUUGAGGUCUCAUCCUGUUGGGAAGGCAUCUCGAGUUUAGUCGAACAGAUUCAGGAGGUGCAGACAGAUAUGGGAAAUUCAGCCCUGAAGAUCAGCAUCAGCCAUGUGAGCAAAUCUUCCUAA